CAAGCAAAACUCAAAUAUCAACGCAGAUAAAGCGCAACGUCGCACUUCUUUCGUCAAUUCUCGCAUCUCUCAAAAUUCCCUUCUUCUGCUUCAGACAGCGAUCAUACUUUUCACUUCCUUCAUAACGCUUCUCAAAUUUUCCCGCGCUCCUUGCGCUUACUACCAAGCCCUUUUCAACUUUCCCUUCCACCACCUAGACCGGCCUCAAAACUGAUCUAGAAGAGAUUGGGCAACACCAACAAACUUGUCACAAAUCUCCUCGAUCCUCUCUGGACUUCGUCAAAACUGUUUCACAUGCUCCUGUAAUUAUGGCGCGAAUUAAAUCGAAAGUCACCAUCGCCCAGGAGGGUAAUCUCCCAGGUGCUGGACCAGCACAAGCCCAAGCAGCUGCAAACUCCUCGAUGGAAAUGGCUUCUGCUUCUGGCUCAGCGUCGCCCUCUUCAACAACUUCUACCUGUCCUCAUUGCUCCUCUUCAUUUCCUGAAAUGGCUUCAAAGGUUCGUCCUCUUUCCAGUCGACCCUAACAAUUGAUCUAGUGGUCGCCGAUAUUGACUUAGUAUCCAAGGAUUUCCGUGAUCACGUGUCAGCCUGCACCGGGCCAAGUACUGCUGCAGAAGAAAUCAGUUCCGACAGUUCAUUGACUCCACCACCUGAUUCUCCAUCAGUUCAUGCCGCCAAAAAGGCAAAAGCAGUGGAUGAGUCUGAUGCUGCUCAAGUCAAUUCGGGUGCAGUGAAUGGAUCCCUGGCCAAUGUAGUCAAUGCGUCAGAUCAUGACUUGGAAAUUGAUCAAGAUGACAGCCAGCCCUCACCUUACAUCAAAGACGCUGUUGAAUACUACGAUAAAAUUGAUGAGCGGGAAGGCUCCGUCGUCACUCGUAGAAAUUCUGAAGAGCCCGAAGAACCAAAGACACCAACUCCGACGAAUCGCGAGGGUUCGGCAGAUGAAAAGCCCGACCCAAAGACUCGUCACGCUUUUCAGAAGUUUACUCCUUUUGAGGAUUUCGGCGAUUAUCUCAUGAAUGCUGAAGAGAUGUCUUAUGAGGAGCUGUACGACCGCACAAGCCACGUUAAUUCGGCUUUGGUUACUUAUCAAAAGGAGUGGGACGACAUUGAGAAAGAGAUUUAUAUUCAUGAGUCCUACGUCAAAGCACAAGCCAAAAAGACAGCAGAGAUUUCGAAAGCAGUUGAAGAGGGGAAGGCCAAAAUCGAAGAUCAGAUCUAUCUGGAUUAUGCACAACGCUAUCGAGCUGAGCUCAAGCUUAGUCGUGUCGACUGGGAACAAUACCUGGAUGGAUUCGGAGAUGAUCCUAAGAGUGUCGAAACAGUUGAGCGCCUUCGAAGUCUUCGUCUCCCAAAUUUUCUGAGCAGUAUACAUAAGAGACAAAAAGCUCGAGAACAGGAGCCCAGCAAACUUGUUGACAGACCUAUGAUGGCAGAGAGAAUCACAAAAGAGGAAUUGGCUUUGGAUAAGCGAAAGAGAGGAAGGUUGAUUGAUCAAAUUACCUUUGAGGACAUGAAGCAUGCCGAUGUUUAUGGUUUCAACUAUUCGUCGCAGCCGCAUCAUGUCGGCAAUCAACCUCAGCCAACGUACAACGGGAAAUCAAAAACCAAAGGAGAUGCUUCAGAUGAAGGUCGAUCACGAAGUCAACGAAGCAAAGCACAAAAGAGUUACGAUCCGGAUAAGAGUGUGUCCCCUGAGACAGAGAACGAGGAGCUUCCUGCAAAACGAACCCGCAAGCCCAGGAUGAACCUUGACAUGGGCGCGGAAACUCAGCAGCGUGGACGCAAUGCACACAGCCGAGGCGCUACCCCACCUGUGAGAACUUUCCCAUCUGGCAAGCGUGUUGGACGACCACCGACCAAGUCGAAGCUUAAAGACUUUGAAGUUCCACCUGAGUCUACUGACGCAGCACUGGAGAAUGGUACGGGCCCAAGAAAGCUAGCUCCCAAACAGGAAGAGCAGCUCCAUGAUGCGGCACUUUCUCUUGCUAGCAAGCAACGCGAGUUGGUAGUCAAUCACACUCAGGUAUAUUUCACGGGAAACAUUGGGGAGGCUGUCUACGGAGGAAAUGGACAGACAUCACGACCAUCAUCUUCUUCUUCGGCUGAGGGAGGCAAGAAACGAAAGCGAGAAUCGACUGAUACUGGAAACAAUCCUCGUGUACAUGACUAUGGCCAGAUGACCCCUAUUCUGCCAUCUACAUCUGUCCCUCAAUCGGGUACAGCCACUCCUGCGCCUGGUCCAGCCCCAAAGAGUCGAAAGCGCAAGGCCAAGGAUACAGAAAUCGACGUGUCUUUACUCAACCCAGUGGAACUCGAGGCAUAUGAAAAGAAAAAGGCAAAAUCUGCUAAACUAUCUUCAAGUUUGAAAAGCCGAUGGGAGAGAGGUGAGAUGGCCGGAGCAAUGGAGACGAGAAAGGCAACGAACGCUGCAAAGAAGGCGGCCAAGGCGGCGAUGACAACGGGCAUGGUAUCACCACCGGAACCGCCUGCGAUUGUCCCUCCAACUUCUUUCAACCACACAGCUACUGCCAAAUUUAUUCAGCCUCCGCAGACAAUCGCUCCUGCUGCUUCACAACCCCAACAACCGGCUGCACCCGCACUACCCGCACCGAAGCGCAAGCAAUCAGUUCAAAAGUCGAAAUCAUCCCCGCUCUCCUCUCCAAAAGGUAUUACCAAGGCCAAGAAGAAGGCCGUGUUACCACCAGCCAUCAACGCCCGAAACGUCGGCGGUAGGGCGAGAAAACCAAACCGAUUAAGAAUGAGCAUGGACGGAACAGAUGAAGUGGAGGGAGGGGAGAUGAGACAGCAGUAUAAGAGCGAGUAUGAUCAGUACCAGGCGCUUGCUUCCCCACAUUCACAGGUUGUAUUGGGAAAGCGUGUUAGAAAACCAAGGCUCGAUGUUCGUGGGGCUGAGGCCUCUGGUGACGAUUUGGAGGACGAGGAAUACGAUGAAUGAGCGAGCGGCUUUAAAAGGGCUUUUUUCAUGAAUGUACAUAGGUAUAGGAUAUUCCACGUGCUUUGGGCACGAAUUCAUAGGGGUCCAUGGGAAAAAACUUGAAAUAUUAAU